AUGUUCUCCGUGCUCCAAGCUCUCAUUGAUAUUGGUUUGUUUGAAGGCUGGACUGCUGCCGGUGGUGGCGAGAAAGAUGUGAACGAGUUGGCCAAACUCAGCAAGAAAGACAUGGAACCGGAGCUUCUAUGUCAUCAACUACGACUGAUGGCUGCCAGCCACAUUAUUCAGGAAACGGCGAACGACCACUAUAUACCUACGCCCUAUUCCCUCGCCAUCGGGGAUAAGAGCACUCAGGUUGCCCCAGCACUUCGCAUCAGAACUGAUCACGUCGCAUCAUGUGCCAUGCACUGGCCCGAUUUCCUGGCCAAGACCAACUACCAGAAGCCGCGGGACGACAAAGCUAGUUGUUACAUCGAUACUUUCCCUGAAAAGAAGAGCUUUUUCGAGCGUUGUAGCGCGAACCCCGUGCACCAGGAGAGCUUCUCAUCCUUUAUGGAUGUGUGGGCCAAAGGAAAGAGACCUUGGCCGGAGUUCUACGACACGCAAGCACUGCUUGACGGCGCUGACCUAAGCAAUGGCAGCCCUUUCGUUGUGGACGUUGGCGGACACCACGGCAUCGAUUUGAUGCGCGUGGCUGAAAAGCACCCCGAUCUCCCCGCCGGGUCCCUUGUGCUCGAGGACCUACCAGAAGUUGUCGGUGCUGUCAACCUUACCACGGACAAGAUCAGAACUGUGGCACAUGAUCUCUUUCAGGAGGGCGUUGAGCAGCCCAUUAAAGGAGCUCGAGCGUAUUUUAUGCAUGCCGUCCUGCAUGACUGGUCGGAUGAGACAUCCGUCAAGAUCCUUAAACAGAUUGCCGCUGUUAUGAAGCGCGGCUACUCGAAGGUGCUUGUCAAUGACAUUGUGAUCCCAUCUACAGGUGCCAGUUGCUAUCAAGCGGCCAUGGACUGUCUAGUGUUGCAGGCUUCAGCUAAUGAAAGAACCGAAGCCGUGUGGAGCAAGGUGAUCGAGGAUGCUGGUCUCAAGCUGGUCAAGUAUUACCCUGAUGGUCGUGGCUACGAGAGCGUGAUUGAGGCAGAGUUGCCAUAG